CAACAAGAUGCAUAAAAUCGUAAUGUUCCUGGUUAUCAGCUUUGCGAUCAAGCAGAGCAUGCAGAAGAACUACAAAGUUACUGACCAGAUUUACAUGGACAUUGAAAUUGAUGGUAAAUACUCUGGUCGGGUAACUUUCGGUCUAUUUGGCGAAACCGUUCCUAAAACAGUGAAGAACUUCAAGCAAAUCGCCCUUCAGGGUAUAGAAGGGAACGGAUAUACCGGAACAAGGUUUCUGCUCGCUAUCAAAAAAGUUAUGAUAUUGGGUGGUGACAUCGUCUACAACAAUGGCAGUGGCGCUGCAAGCAUCUAUGGUGAAAGGUUUGAAGAUGAAAAUUUCGAAAUCGAGCCUGAUUCUACAGGGUUACUUGCCAUGGCCAAUCUGGGAGUACCUGACAGCAAUGGGUGCAUGUUCUUGAUCACCACCAUGCCCACUCCGUGGCUCAGUGGCAAAAACAUCGUCUUUGGAAAGGCAAUUUUUAUGCAAUUGAGCCAAAGGACCUCCUGCUAAAAACGCGUUGUAGGUGAUAAAAGGGCAUGACGUCGUCCACAGAAUAGAAUACUUGAAAACCGAUUAUAUGGACAAAUUGCUGCCUCUGGUAGAAGUGGUAAAGUGUGGGGAAAUUCGUUCGAAACCCUUCUAUGAGAACCACAAAAACUACGAGCUGACUUUAUGGGCUUGGAUUCAAGCUGGGUGGUUCCCACUGAGCUUCUCCUUUGCCAUCCUGGGAUUUUUCCACUAUUUCAUCAAGCAACUAGAUGCACUAAUUUAAAUAAACAACCAAUGUAGUAAAGUGUAAAAGACGCAAUAAAAGCCCCAAUUAGUUCCUCAAAA